GUGAUAGCUCCGCGGCAGGGGGAAGUGUGGUGCCCCUGUUUGCGGAGGCCAUUGCCAUGGCGGCGCCGUCCGUGCAGUUCCCAGGAUACCGACAGGCGAUCGGUUCUGGGCUCAUGGCGACGUUGGCGCUGGCUGUGUGGGGAGGCAUGAACAUCGUGACAAAGCUGGGGCUGUUUUUUGCCCUGGUGGUCGUCUACACGCUCUUCAGCUUCUACCUGGGCCUCUUCACUGUAGGAUCUUCCGAUCUCACUGGCCCUGGGAGUGACCUGAUCACAGGGCUAUCCUGGAUUGCUGGAGCGAGUGGACAAGUUCCCGGGUGA